GCCCGCCGCACGUCGCUACGCGGCCGCGACCCGGCGGCGACUCACACGCUGCCUGCAACAACCCGUUUAUUAAUUAGACUCUCGUAUUACUACUAAACUACCGUCUAUUAGUGCUACGUCUGUAUAAGAAAGGCACGCUGACGUCGCGUCGCGCCGUACCCACGUGCCCAUCUCGUUGCUCAAUUUAGUCUUCCGCGAAAACAGCCACAAUGGCUUGGGGAUACUGGUCCGCGUCUUCCGUGCUCCCCGACAGGGGCCGCAGCCCUCGCCGCGCGGGGACCUCCGUAGUGCAUUCCCACCCUAACCCCCCUACCGCGAGAGAGGUCAUGGAGACACAGGAUGAGAGCAUCAUCCACACCGCGUCUACCUCCCGCGACAGUCGGGAUCAUUCUGCCUCCCCCCACUCCUCUUCCAACGGGGGACACUCCCAUCAUCACGAAGUAAGACACGCUGUGCCAGCGAGCGCUCUAUUUGGUGAAAGUUACGGGGAACUAUCAAGACGGCCAUCCCUCGAUCUGGGAUCAGUGCGGAGUGCGUUAGCGUCGUGUUCUGGUGGUGGGACGCUAAGUGCUGGGUCGACGUUGACCCGCGGUGGUACAAUAGCGGACUAUUUGCCCCCGGUCCCGUGCCCCCAUCAUCAUAGAGUGUACGUGGAUCAUCAUAAACACUAUGAGCAGCCGAUACAACCAGUGCAUGUGGGUGUGCCGCACCAUUCACAUUCUCACUCACACUCGCACGCGUCCAGUCGACAUCACACGGACGAUGAAGAUGAUUUGGAACCAGCAUAUGCUACAGUAUUCCCCAAUGUACCCGCCGCGCCAGGGAUGCCAUGUGCUGGAGAGGACAGAAGCAUAUACAGGCGUGGCGCCCGCCGGUGGCGGAAACUGUACCGCGUCAACGGACAUAUAUUCCAGGCCAAACGGUUUAAUAGACGAGCCUUCUGUGCCUUCUGUCAGGACCGCAUCUGGGGUCUCGGCAGGCAAGGGUUUAAAUGCAUCCAAUGCAAGCUGCUGGUGCAUAAGAAGUGUCACAAACUGGUGCAGAAGCCCUGUUCAAAUGAACACGUUGAUCCUAUCGAGAUUAAGGAUGACGCUAAUGGGGAGAGCACGCUGGGAAGAGCACCGUCAGUCAGGUCUCGUGAGGAACCAGAGCCUCCUCUUCCGGAGACGCCACCAGCGCCGUUGCCUCCAACCAUCAGAAAUGAAGACCUGGAGCCGGGCUCGCAGAGGCAGUACUCGCUGGACGACUUUGAGCUCAUCAGGGUCAUUGGACGAGGGUCUUAUGCUAAGGUGCUGAUGGUGGAACUGAAGCGAACCAAGCGUGUAUACGCCAUGAAGGUGAUAAAGAAGGCUCUGGUGACUGAUGACGAGGACAUCGACUGGGUGCAAACUGAGAAACACGUGUUCGAGACCGCCUCUAACCAUCCGUUUUUGGUCGGACUCCACUCGUGCUUCCAAACGCCAAGCAGAUUGUUCUUCGUCAUCGAAUUCGUACGUGGUGGAGAUCUUAUGUUCCACAUGCAGCGUCAGCGUCGUUUGCCAGAAGAACACGCUCGGUUCUACGCAGCGGAGAUCUCUCUAGCUCUUCACUUUUUGCAUGAACGUGGCGUCAUCUAUCGGGACUUGAAACUGGACAACGUCUUAUUGGACCACGAGGGGCACAUCAAGCUCACUGAUUACGGAAUGUGCAAGGAGGGCGUAAGACCCGGCGACACAACGUCGACUUUCUGCGGGACUCCCAAUUACAUAGCCCCAGAAAUAUUACGCGGGGAGGAAUAUGGCUUCUCAGUGGAUUGGUGGGCUUUAGGGGUGCUCACAUAUGAAAUGUUGGCUGGAAGAUCUCCCUUCGAUAUUUCACACGCAGCUGACAACCCUGAUCAGAACACUGAGGAUUAUCUCUUCCAGGUGAUUCUAGAAAAGACGAUUCGAAUCCCUCGUUCUCUAUCCGUGAAGGCUGCGUCGGUGCUGAAAGGCUUCCUCAACAAGAAUCCGGUUGAGAGACUUGGAUGUGGAGACACUGGCUUCAGAGACAUCGUUAACCAUCCGUUCUUCAAGAGCAUUGAAUGGGAGAUGUUGGAGCAGAAACAAGUAGUUCCACCAUUUAAACCUCGUCUGGAAGGAGAAAGGGACCUCGCUAACUUCCCACCUGAGUUCACCGAUGAGCCUGUGCGACUCACGCCCGAUAAAGAUAGCGAGAUAGCGGACAUCGACCAAUCGGAGUUCGAGGGCUUCGAGUACGUGAACCCACUCCUCAUGUCCCUCGAGGACUGCGUGUGACACCACGCCUGUCUGCUGCACCCAGGCGACAAGCAGAUGUACGGGUACAGCGCGGAAUCGUCAUCAUCAGACUACGACUCGGUCUGUUCGGAGAGACCUUCCCGCAAGCCCACGCUAUUGCAGCACAUGUUCUGCUUGCCGCUCAACUGACGCACGAAACACACGCAACAAACCAAACAAGCCACAAUGCAACGAUCGUUCGGUAAACAUACACAACCUAUCACCACACAGUCUUACUAUACACAAUCACAUAAUACACUGUCUUAUAAUACAGCGUCUUACAAUACUCAAUUUCAUAAUACGUCGUCUUAUAGUACACCGUCUUGUAAUACACUGUCUUACAAUACACAACAGACUUUUAAACCAUUAACAAGACAGAUGUCUGAUUUAUCACAAUCAUUGCAUCGACCGCCAUUAGGUAUAUCUCGGCAGUAUUCGGAUAUAACACAAGAAUCGCUCGGUGUACGCCAAUUAAACAAUGUGUUAUUGAGACGCGGUGAACUUUUAAAUGAAUCUAAUACACAACAGUCUUUUGGCGAACAAUCAGACUUUACACACACACAUAAAUCUUCAAAACGUAGCGUAAAAUUUGAUGCUGAUCUUUUGUGAUUUUUUAAAUUUAGUUUUUGUUUAGAUUUUAAGAAUUGGUAACAAAAAAAUUAUGAACAUUUUAACCUCUUCGGUUUUCUUUGAGUGACGUCAGAAUUGACGAAUUGAACAAUCAAUAUAUUUCAAUGGUUUUUUAACACUAUUUUAUUUAAAAAACAUAUUUGGGAACUCUUAUUUAUAUUGUUCAUGAACAUAUUUCAGACAUUUAUCUAUGUCUUCAUUAUUGUUUUAAUGAUACAAUGAGGUUCAAAUUCUUCAUAGGGUUUUUGUUACACGUUUAUUUAUUACCCUAUAGUUAUUACCGUAUAUUACCCUGAAGUAUGUAAUUUCGAAUAUCAAGUACUUAAAUAGUGCCUAAACAUUCCGAAACGUGGUAAUGGAAUUGAAAUAAUUGGUUUCUCAUUAUGUUAACGCAGGACCGCUACUAGAUGGCGCUGUAUUAAAUUUACAAAUAUCAGUGUUGCCAACAACUCGCCACUUCCCAUUUCAGUUACAUGUCUUGAAAAAUAAAAAGUGGUGAAUGCGCUAAGUUGGUAGAUUCAUUCUCUUUAAAGAAUAAGAGUAUUGUAACAAUGUUUUAUAUUUAAUAUUUAUCACUAUCUAGUUCCAGCGUUAACAGAUUGUGUGCGUAACGGGUUGCAACAGACAGACAACUCGCUAUAUGUACAUAGAAUCGAGAUAGUAUUAGAAUGUUUAUUAAAAGUGUGAUCAAGACUUGAAAACUUCGCUAUAAUAACCGAAAUGUCUUACUUUUAUGUUCCAUUUUAAAGUUACUAAUACGAUAGAACUACAGAAUAAUAAAUAAUACAGAAUAAUAAGUAAUACAGAACUACCUUCACUGAUAAUUAUUUAUUUCGAUCAUUUUUUAUUUCUAUUUUAUUUUUUUCGUUAAAUAUAAAAUAUCUACGAUAAAUAUUGAAGCGGUUUGAAAAGUCAAGAUCGCACGUUAGGUAUACUCCUACUAUAUAAUAAUAUCGAUAUAAACAUACCAAAGCGGACUUUGGUACGAUAAAGCUGUACAUAACGAUUGAUGUACUAUAGGAAUAUAUGAGAUUUUCUAUAAGAAAAACUCGUUAAUAAAAUACCCAUUCUAAAUUAAACAAAUAUAAUUAGUCGAUAUUACCAUUAUAAACACUAAUAAAAAAUAAUUUUCGAGCAAUAAACGUAUUUAAGUACGGCAGAUUUCUGCUCAGAGGCACGUAAGGAAUUAAAAGUAGUAACAUAUGCGCACGCGUCGCGCGAGUGUAGAACUAGAGUAAGCUAGAUCGUAGCCUAUUAGCUAUUGUGACGUCAUUUCUUUGUUGGUUCUAUCUGUUAUUGCUUAAGCUGUCCUAUUACGAAGUGAAUCUUCAAAACAGAAAAGAAAAGUCUCUUUCGUGAUUACACUGAGAGGAGAAGAGAUAAAAUUGUGUGAUAAGAGUGAUGUUAUGAAGAGUCAUCAGUCAUCUCCAAUAUUAACCAUAUUGGAGAUGACUGAAAUAUUUGAAAGGUCAAUUCAGAGGUACAUCAAACAUUUAUGAUUGCCGUGACCUUUCUUUGUUUUCAAGGUCGUAAAUGGUCCUUCGCAUCAGAGUUUUAAAGUAUUUGAACCUUAAGCGAUAGUACGGUAGACGGCUAAUAUUAUAACCCUUAGGCGUUUAAAAAUAUACUGUAAAUAAAUUUCCGACGUUAUAAAUUAUGUAAAUGCUAGAAAUCAUCGCAUACCGAAAUAUUGUUGUUAUUGUAAAUAAAGAUUUUUCACGAAAUAACGCUUUCGUACGCUUAUGUAAAUUUUGUAUAUGACCGCUGUCUCAGUGUUGCCAUUUACUGUUGUGUAUAUACGCAAUACUCACCGUUUUAUUACGUAAAGCGUACAAUAUCGUUUUAGCUUAGAAGUAAAUACCUCAUAAAGUUACUUCAGUGCGGUGCACUUAAAAUAUAAUCCCUUCCUUAGAUCCUCUUCUAUGAAAAUCGUUAGGUAGCAAACGAAUUUUACAAAUUAAAGCACUGAUAAAAUCGUAAUUCUAUCGUUAUCGAAGUAUAUUGUUAAAGUAGGUAAAAGACUUCGUGAACGGAUGUCCACAACUAUUCUAAAUAGUGUAGAGUUAGACAUUUUGCACGAUAAUUUAGUGAUUCGUUCCACACGCCUUUCCCUCGAUAAUUCUUUGACGUUGCUGGCAAUUGUUGCGUUGUUGUGUGCGGUGGUUAUUUUCUAUUAAGUAUUUAAUAUAUUCAUAGGCUUAUUUAAGUUAACAUUCCAUUUUGUUUGCACUUAUGACAUCACAUGAGUUUUUGUAUUGCAUGAAAAUACCCAAAAGUGAGGCCGCUACGAGAGUUGAUUUUUAACGGUUUUAUUGAGGUCUAUUUGACAACUAAUAUACUUAGUCGAGUUGCCAGCACCAAAUGGCGGCUUGCAUUUUUUUACCGCCAAUAAAGUUACGGAUAAUUAUUAUAAUUAAUAUCAUGAAAAUGGAUUAAUUGACUAAUUACAUUAAUUAAUGUACAAAUUCUUUAUCUAUCCAAUUUAAUUGUUCCACAUAUUUCCUUAAUACUAUUUUAAUGCAUAACAAUGCAAGAUUUUAGCUCGUGUAACGUAGCGGCCAUUUUAUAUGUGUAAUGCUAUUUUGUGAUUUCGCAUUUUACUUAAGGUGUCGUAUUACUUCAAUACAUGUAUCUUGUGUAUCACCGAUUAGAUAAUGUUGUUAUGAUUGUGACUGCUUGGGGUGUGACUGCGACUUAUUGUCAAAUUAGACUGGAUGACUUGAAACUGUACUAUUCUAUGCUUAAAUAAAAUAAAGAAGAUUAAUCUGA